AUGGUAACACACACUGGCGAAAAACUUCAUAAAUGUGAUGUAUGUGGUAAAGGGUUUGGUCAUCAUUAUACUUUACUGAGACACGCCAGAACCCAUUCAGGUGCUUCACUUCAUUAUUGUGAUAUAUGUGGUAAAGGAUUGAGAAGCCAUCAUAAUUUACAAAGACACAUGAUAAUACAUACAGGUGAUAAACCUUAUGACUGUGAUGUAUGUGGUAAAGGAUUUAGUGUGCAAGGUAAUUUAAAGACUCACAAGAGAAUACAUACAGGUGAUAAUCCUUAUGACUGUGAUGUAUGUGGUAAAGUUUUUAGUCGGCCUGACAUUUUACAGGUUCACAUGAGAACACAUACAGUUGAUGAUAAUACUGAUAAACCACGUGACUGGGAUUUAUAA